AUGUUUUCUAGAAAAUUUAAAGCAACAUUAAAGAUCAAAUGCUUCAAAAAAUUCAAGAAUGUCGAUGAAUCUCCUCCGGAUGGCAUCAAGGUUGUGGUCAACGACGAGGACUUCUCUCAAAUAUGUGCUGAUAUUGAAGGGCCAGUUGGGACUCCUUAUGAGAAUGGACUUUUCCGUAUGAAGUUGGCAUUAUCUCAUGAUUUUCCACAUUCUCCGCCUAAAGGCUACUUUAUGACAAAGAUAUUCCAUCCCAAUGUUGCUUCUAACGGAGAGAUUUGCGUUAACACGCUUAAGAAAGAUUGGAACCCUAGUCUUGGAUUAAGACAUGUUCUCUCUGUUGUGAGGUGCUUACUAAUCGAGCCAUUUCCAGAAUCUGCAUUAAACGAACAGGCUGGAAAGAUGCUACUUGAGAACUAUGAAGAGUACGCUAGGCAUGCUCGGCUUUACACGGGUAUCCAUGCUAAACCAAAACCUAAGUUCAAAACAGGAGCUAUCUCAGAGUCAACAACGGCUCUAAAUGUUGGCCAGCCCAACAACGAGACGCCUGCUGCAAUACCCUCUUCAGUGGCAGACAUCAAUAGAGUAAUAACAGCGACUGAACAAAUUGCUAACGUGCCUGUAGCAGCAGCAGCAGGAUCUGCAAGUGUGGCCACUACGACACAGAAAAGAGAAGCCGGUUUGGCCAAGGUUCAGGCAGACAAGAAGAAGGUAGAUGCCAGAAAGAAGAGCUUGAAGAGACUAUGAUGAUACUUCUCAAUUAGUGUCAUUUAUCUUAUCUCCAUCUCAUAAUGUUUGGAUUCUUCUGUCAUGUCAUCAUGACUCUGCCCCCUUUUUGCUCAACUCUUUUCCUAUCAAAGUUGGAGUGACUAUUAGAAAUUUCUAAAAAUAUAAAACAAAUCCAUAUAUUAUAUGCAGCCAGUUCUAGUCUCCUCUUU